CCCCCCACCCGCCUCCCUGUCAGUGCGGUGGCUGCGCUGGGAAACAUGGCGUCGGAGGGGAUGAUUUUAACGAACCACGACCACCAAAUCCGCGUCGGGGUUCUCACAGUGAGUGACAGUUGCUUCAGGAAUCUUGCAGAGGAUCGUAGUGGAAUAAACCUUAAAGACCUUGUCCAAGAUCCUUCUUUGUUGGGUGGAACUGUGUCUGCAUACAAAAUAGUGCCAGAUGAAAUAGAAGAAAUCAAGGAGACACUGAUAGACUGGUGUGAUGAAAAGGAACUUAACCUGAUUUUAACAACUGGAGGAACAGGGUUUGCACCAAGGGAUGUCACACCAGAGGCUACUAAAGAAGUAAUAGAACGAGAGGCCCCAGGGAUGGCUUUGGCAAUGCUGAUGGGAUCACUUAAUGUUACACCUCUGGGCAUGCUCUCUAGACCUGUAUGUGGAAUCAGAGGGAAAACUCUCAUAAUUAAUCUUCCAGGUAGCAAGAAAGGGUCACAGCAUUUUCAGGACGAAACUGGGGGCUGGUGUGCCCCUCCUCCCUUCUGCAUGAGUGAAGGUGAGGGAAACCAUUGGUUAAGGGGAGUGGGAAGCAAGCCUCGUGCUCUUGAAGAAACUCUGGAAGAUAUCUCAGCUGGCCUGCACAUGCUGAUAUCCCAUUUGUGUGACUGCACAGAGAGCCACUCAGAUUAUCAGAUACAGGAAUGCUUUCAGUUUAUACUGCCAGCCCUACCUCAUGCCAUUGACCUUUUGCGGGAUGCCAUUGUUAAAGUAAAAGAGGUACAUGAUGAACUUGAAGAUCUACCUUCACCACCACCACCACUUUCUCCUCCUCCAACCAUCAGCCCACACAAGCAGACAGAAGACAAAGGUGUACAGUGUGAGGAAGAGGAGGAAGAGAAAAAAGAUAGUGGAGUUGCUUCAACAGAGGAUAGUUCCUCCUCGCAUAUAACUGCUGCAGCCAUUGCAGCUAAGAAGCAUCCAUCCUACACCAGUUCUGCUGUUAUCAUGGCAAAAGGUGAACAUCCCAUUCCUGGUCUCAUCUGUUAUUCCCAUCACGCAGCAGGCAGUGCAGGAGAACCGAUUCCAGAUUCCAUCAUAUCUCGUGGUGUUCAGGUGCUUCCACGAGAUACCGCCUCACUUAGCACUACUCCUUCAGAAUCUCCUCGUGCCCAGGCCACCUCUCGCCUCUCCACUGCUUCCUGCCCAACACCAAAACAAAUUAGACGCCCGGAUGAAAGCAAAGGAGUUGCUAGUAGAGUUGGAUCCCUCAAAGCUCGACUCCCUUCGUGCUCAUCAACCUAUAGUGUUUCUGAGGUCCAAUCCAGGUGCAGUAGUAAGGAGAACAUCCUCAGAGCCAGUCAUAGUGCCGUAGAUAUUACAAAAGUAGCAAGAAGACACCGUAUGUCUCCAUUUCCAUUAACAUCUAUGGACAAAGCCUUCAUCACAGUGCUAGAGAUGACCCCAGUUCUUGGAACAGAAAUAAUCAAUUAUCGAGAUGGCAUGGGCAGAGUCCUUGCCCAAGAUGUUUAUGCAAAAGACAACCUACCACCAUUCCCAGCUUCAGUAAAAGAUGGCUAUGCUGUCAGAGCUGCUGAUGGACCUGGGGAUCGUUUUAUCAUUGGGGAAUCCCAGACUGGUGAGCAACCAACCCAGACUGUAAUGCCUGGUCAGGUAAUGCGAGUUACAACUGGUGCCCCAAUACCUUGUGGUGCUGAUGCCGUGGUGCAAGUCGAAGACACAGAACUCAUCAGGGAAUCAGAUGAUGGCACUGAAGAACUUGAGGUACGCAUUCUGGUUCAGGUUCGACCAGGCCAAGAUAUUAGACCUAUAGGCCAUGAUAUUAAAAGAGGUGAAUGUGUGCUCGCCAAAGGAACCCAUAUGGGUCCAUCAGAGAUAGGUCUUCUAGCAACUGUUGGAGUAACAGAAGUUGAAGUUAACAAGUUUCCAGUGGUUGCAGUAAUGUCUACAGGGAAUGAACUAUUAAAUCCUGAAGAUGACCUGUUACCAGGAAAGAUUAGAGACAGUAAUCGUUCAACUCUUCUAGCAACAAUUCAAGAGCAUGGGUACCCAACAAUCAACUUGGGGAUUGUGGGAGAUAAUCCAGAUGAUUUACUUAAUGCCUUGAAUGAAGGAAUCAGUCGUGCUGAUGUCAUCAUCACGUCAGGGGGUGUGUCCAUGGGGGAGAAGGACUAUCUUAAACAGGUGCUGGAUAUUGAUCUUCAUGCUCAAAUUCACUUUGGCAGGGUUUUUAUGAAACCAGGGUUGCCAACAACCUUUGCAACUUUGGAUAUUGAUGGUGUAAGAAAAAUAAUUUUUGCACUCCCAGGAAAUCCUGUGUCAGCUGUUGUUACCUGCAAUCUCUUUGUUGUCCCAGCACUAAGGAAGAUGCAGGGAAUCCUGGACCCUCGUCCUACUAUUAUAAAAGCCAGGUUAUCAUGUGAUGUGAAAUUGGACCCUCGUCCAGAAUACCAUCGGUGCAUACUGACUUGGCAUCACCAAGAACCACUGCCUUGGGCACAAAGUACAGGGAAUCAGAUGAGCAGUCGUCUGAUGAGUAUGCGCAGUGCCAAUGGACUGUUGAUGCUACCUCCAAAGACAGAGCAGUAUGUGGAACUUCACAAGGGCGAGGUGGUUGAUGUCAUGGUCAUUGGAAGACUAUGAUGUCACCAGCAGGAGAGAAGUUUUGAUGCAUGUCCACAUAUCAUUGACUGUAUCCUGUAAUAUGCAACGGCACAGCUAGUUUUUCUGAUUUGGAUAAAAGUUGAUCAGUAUAGUCAACACCUCGAACUAUAUUUCAAAUGGAUUUAAAUAAAUACCUUUUAAAAAAACUUUAAAAACAAAUCUUAAAGAAAUCUAUUCUGAUUAUAUCAAAGCAACUUUUUCCUUUCUUGCAAUUGCUUUGUGUGUUCAAUGCUAGUCCUGAUAGCAGUAGCUUUUAGUAGACAGCGGUAGGUGCCUGCAGAACUUGUGUUUUUUCUCAUCUUUAAGAUACAACUACUUAUGCUCUUAAAACAAGGCUGUCUGCUUAUUUAUACUAGUGUAGACAACACUUGGAUUUCCCUUAUUAGUAUGCUUCAUAACCGCUUCACAGAGAGCUUCUGCUUGUUCUUUAUCGUAUCUCGUGUUGAUGUGCACAGUGCCAAAAGCAGAGUGGCUGCACUGGGAACCCAAUCAAGCCCCGAGGUUUUCCUCCCUUGCUGCGCGUUCAGGGAUAUUUGUCAUCCCAGCAGCCACCCAGCUCAGUACUAUUGGGCAGUAACUGGAUACCUUUUGUUUAAAUGAACAACAAAAAUUGCUUCCUUAAGUGCUGACAGCCUUUUUAACCAAUACAUUUAAAAAUGUACAGAAUUAAAAUCUAAAAAAUCAAAGACUGAUCUUGUACAGAUAUUAGUGUUACCAGCAUUCAUGUGAAAAUUAAAUGAAAAAAAGAAAUAAAACUAAUGUUAAACAACUCUGUACCAUAACAUUUUCUGUAAUGAUACUGAAAAAUGAAUAAAAAAAUUCCUGGAUCAUUAUUUAAAA